AAUUGCAUAAGACUCUCCAGUCAAAAAUUUAAUUCAAAAGUGACACUAGUUCCGAAAUCAGAUCAAAAUUUCCGUAAAUAUUGUUACGCUUCUGUAUUUGAAUAACUGCCUGGAGACGCCCCACGACCUUGUCCGUAGCAGAUCCAGCAAUUAAGAUGUUCUCAAGCUUCUUCGAAACUGCCAGGAACUCACCCUUCCGCAGCCCCUUCACGCCGGUGCAAUGUGACGCCGCCACCAAACUGGUUGCCGAGGAUCCUCAGCCCGUCAAGGGACGCGAGAUCGCUGCGGCCGCCUCUGCCAGCCAGAAUGAUUCGUGCGAAUUCGGCAGCAACAAGUAUUUUGCCCUGUGCGGUAUCGGUGGCAUCCUCAGCUGCGGCACCACCCACACCUUUGUGGUCCCACUGGAUUUGGUCAAGUGCCGUCUGCAGGUGGACCCAGCCAAGUACAAGAAUCUGGUGCAUGGCUUCAAGGUCACCGUUGCGGAGGAGGGAGCCCGCGGCCUGGCCAAGGGAUGGUUCCCCACCCUUUUGGGUUAUUCGGCGCAGGGUCUCUGCAAGUUCGGUCUGUACGAGCUGUUCAAGGUGAAGUACUCUGAGAUCAUUGGUGAGGAGAAUGCCUACCUGUACCGCACCUCCUUGUACCUGGCUGCUUCCGCCUCGGCUGAGUUCUUCGCCGAUAUUGCCCUGUCACCAUUCGAGGCUGCCAAGGUUAAGAUCCAGACUGUGCCCGGCUUUGCCAACACCUUCCGCGAGGCUGUGCCCAAGAUGCUGAAGGAGGAGGGCGUCAAUGCCUUCUACAAGGGUCUAGUGCCACUGUGGAUGCGACAGAUCCCAUACACCAUGAUGAAGUUCGCUUGCUUCGAGCGCACCGUGGAGCUGCUGUACAAGUAUGUGGUGCCCAAGCCUCGUGCUGACUGCAGCAAGGGCGAGCAGCUGGUUGUUACAUUUGCCGCUGGUUACAUUGCCGGUGUGUUCUGUGCCGUUGUCUCUCAUCCCGCUGACGUUGUGGUGUCCAAACUGAACCAGACCAAGGGCGCCAGCGCUGUGGAUGUGGCCAAGUCGUUGGGUUUCAAGGGAAUGUGGAAUGGCUUGACGCCGCGUAUCAUUAUGAUCGGUACCCUGACCGCUCUGCAAUGGUUCAUCUACGAUGGUGUUAAGGUCGCCCUGGGCAUUCCUCGCCCGCCGCCACCAGAGAUGCCCGCCAGCCUGAAGGGCAAGCAAUAAAUAUGGGAUUAGUCGAAGAUACUACAGAGUUGAUCCAGUUUAGCGCGAUUGUGGGCAAAACCUAUGAAGGAGAGCAACAUACUUUUACUUUCUAACGCUAAUAUCUCUUCAAGAUCAGUGUUGCGUGUGUACAUUCCUGGAACAACAUACAUAACUCGUUGCGUUUCUAUGUCACGGCAAUUUAUCUACACUACUAUUAUAAAGUUAUUUUAGUUACUGAACAUUCUGUCUUAAGCAACUAAGCUACAAACUGCAGUUCAAAGUAUUUCAAUUCCAUAUACAAUCUAAACACUAUAUACUAUAUCUUUAGACCCUCUCCCAAUGUGAGUCUAGUUUCCGCUGGAAAGUAUGCCCGUAUGUUGUCCCCUUGUUGGUCAGACGCCCCUCCUGUUCACCCCGCCACACAUGCGAAUAUGAUAUUAUGCUGUUUCAAUUGUUUGACCCCCGCUCCGUUCCCCAAACAGAAAGCACUCUGAAUAAAUUAAAUUAUAAAAUAUAUAAAAACCA